AUGAGCAUCCCGCGCCUGCUCUGGCUGACACUCCUGGCGGCGGGGGCACGGAGCGAGCAGACGUGUAGCUGUCCGCCGUCGUCGUUCUCCCUCCCGCACGGUUGCUGCCACCUGGUGGCCGACGGUACCUUCGAGGCCGUCCAGGUGGCGUGCCGGUCGCUCGGCGGACGCCUGGCGGUGCCGUCAAACGCCAGUCUGGACACGGCGUUCGGCGCUGCGCUGCUGCACGCCAGGCGCGGCGAGGCCUGGAUUGGCUUCAGGGCCAAACAGGGCGCGCCUGGCGACGGUGCCACCAUCCAGAAGGGGUCAUGGCUGGACGGCUCGACGUUCAACUACAGCAACUGGGACGAGGAGCCGGGCAAGGGCGCCUGCGCCGUGCUCAGCCUCUACACGGGCUGGCGGCGCAGACUCUGCGGACCUACGGCGCCCGGCCUCUGCCUGGUGAGCAGUGACGCGGUCCGGCCCUGCGCCCGGCCGGCGCCGCCUCCUCUGCACCAGCUGGUGCGGCAGGAUUCUCGGCGGCUACCGGCUCUCGGAGGCGGCGAAGACGGCGCAGAUGGUGCUGCCGGCGCCGCCGCUGCCGCUGCCGCCGCCGCCGGAGGUGCCGUGGCACAAGUACCGGCCGGUGCAGAGCGGCCGCCUGAUCAUGAGAGACGCCCCGAUCACAUGGUACCGCUGGCUGUAGCGGGGGAGUCGGCUCGGACCAGGGCAUCGCUCGGGGGCCCUCUCCAUCUGGCGGUCAUCUUGUUAAUGGUGUAUUGUCGUCACAUGUAAGCACAAUGUUUAAAAGCUGCGGAAAGACACAUUGCACAGCGCGUUUCAUCGGAAAAUGAGCAAGGUUCGUCAGCAUCUCGACACUGGAUAGUUUCAUUACACAAAACACAUUUGAUAAUGAACAAAUGCGAAGAGGACGUCAAAGGUUGAGAUAAAGGUACACCACACAUGUGACAACGAGCAAGGCUUAUCUCUGUUCUUCUUAAACACGAAAACGUAAAAAAACUGAAUAACUUCCAUGACGAAUACUUCAUCUGCUUUCGGGAUACACAUACCCUCUUCUGACGUGUUUCAAAACAUACAUGCAUUGCACAAAAUUUUCACAGAAUUUAAAUGGCAAAGCUUUUUGCAAUGACCUGGCGCAUUACGGUCUGAACUACACAUAUAUAUUUAGAGGUAGCCUCUGUAAGCUCCUUUCAGUCGCAUCAACGUGGUCUGAUUUUAUGUACAUGAGACAACAUGUCAUGACGUAAAUAAACAUGCGAAAAAUUA